AAUUAAAAAUUUGAUCUGAACAUUCUAACUUCAAAUACUAAAUUUGUAGUUAUGAUGUAUUAAAUAAUAUUCUACAUUUUAACAUUUUAUUAGAUUUAUAUUUAUCAAAAAGUUACAAUUUUAUUACAAUUGCCGUGUUGUUGAAUUUAAAUUUCUUUAAAUGGAUAAAAUACUAAAAAGUGCAAUAGAAUGCGUACGGAAACUUCAUUCUGUAUUUAAUAUGCUGAAAAGAGGACCAGAACCAGUUUAUGCACUCAGCUGUUUAGAAUUGCCUUAUGUACCUAGUAACCAACGAUUUACAAUUAAAGAUUUGAUAGGAGAUGGUUUUUUGUUAGCAGUACCACGAAAUAGAAGGACGAUUGAGAGAAGGUGGCAAAGGAAAUUUGGUUCACCUGAAUAUGUGUGGAAGUUAUUUAAACCUAAAACCAAUAUAAGAAGCUGUGUCCAAUGUGGCCACGAUCACUUAAUUGGUGUGCUAUGCCCUAAUUGCUAUGAGAAAGUUAGAAAGGAGACUGAAUUGAUGCAACAAAAAAUUGAAGAAGCUUUAGGAAAUGAAAAAGUUGACCGCGAUGUCAUCGUGCUUUAUGAAGGAGAAAAAAUUAACAAAAUGCCAGAAUUUUUAGAAAACAAACGAAUAAUUGAAAUGAAAAAACCGAGACCAAUGUGGUUUUCAAAAAAUCUGUUACAAAAAUCGACUCAAAAAACUGCAACAACAAAAGAAGUUAAGCCGUCUGAUCUUGGUUAAAUUAUGAAUUUUAGUAUAAUUCCAAAAUUUUUAAAUUUGGAUACUUCUAAUGUACAAUAAGACAAUUGAAAAAAAUUUCUCGCUUUUUAUUUUGAAGGAUCCUUUUUUUUA